CUUGGUAAGCCUCGCGUUUGCUUCGGACGGGUUCUCGAAACGUUCUCCACAUCGGCACAUCACCUGUGGAACCGAGAAAAUUAUAAUUUCUCGUACUCACCUCUGUAUCGCGUCGCUGUCGUGAAUCGUGGCCCACUCAACAAGUGGCAGUUGUAGCAGUGCGCGGUGUGCAAUCUUCAUCGGCGAUAGUGAAACUGAAGUUUUGUUUUGACGUUUUUUCGCGUGUGUUUCGCUCAAUUUUUGUGCUCCCGGAUUGUUUGUUACUUACUGGAUCUUUGUCUCAGCAUCCAGCAUCGUAAAGUUAUCUCUCUCUCUCCUGUAUCCUGCUUGUAUUCUGUCUAUUUACGUGGGAGGAGUCUGCGGCGGUGGCGGCGGCGGCGGCAUUGUGAAGCGAGUGAAAGCUGCGCGGUGCGGUUGUGCGGAGCGGGCGGUGCGGGUGUCCGGCUGUGCCGCGGCCCGGGAUGCUGACGUUUCCCCGCUGGGCCGCUGCCGCGUGAGGAAGAGGAACCGGAGGAGCGCGACCGGUCGAAGCGAGGGUGGGACCCGGGACUUCCGAGUCGUAGACCAGGACCCUCACCCGUCACCAUGCGCAUGAACGGCGGUCUCCCCCGACACGACGAGCCUCCCAACGCUCCUCAUGUUCCACGUGAUGACAUGAUCGACAAUGAGAACGAAACCCUCCGUGAACGAGUUGCUGAGCUGGAGAAGAAGGUGCUCGAUUACGGAGACGAAGUCGUAUGCCUCCGCUCAACUUUGGCCGACGUUCUCAGAAGGCUGAACCAGCUGGAAAGUCUCAGAAGUUACAACCAAAAUGUAGGAAUUAAAAAUGGAGGAGUUGUCAGAAGCCAAAGUGCACAAGCAGCGAACAACUUCAACUCAUUACACAAGGAGGCAGUACGAUAUCGCCCAGUAGCUGAUGCCAAUAACAGGGAUCCUGUUCGUAGAGUUUUAAGUUAUACCCCUUCAACUUUACCGCAAAGACGAGCGGUUCAUUAUCAAUCAACAGGUUCCCUCCACUCGGACUCGCCAAGUUCGAGCAGUGUCUCCCCCGUGCCCACAUCCCCAUCUCCGUCCACCACCCCCACAUCCAUCCUCAAAAGCCCCUCCACAAACACCAACCUCCACACGGCCAAAAGAUGGAGCUCUACCGGAGAUUUCAACAAUGUACCUGCCAAUGUGAACACAGCACCUCCCUCAAGACUUGCUACCAAAUCCAUGUACAACCUUCAUACACGAUCACAAUCAUUUCAGAACCAUCAUUCGUCCGUUCCGAAAUUGGGCAUGCGUGACGCGUCGUACAACGAGGACGAUGGAAGUUUGCGAAUGUACAUCCGCGGACGGCCGGUCGUGCUCCUGGCCCCGUCGGACGUCGCCGAGAACUACAACAUCUCCAAAGUGGCGCCCCCUCCGCAGUCCAAGCUCAAACUCGACUGGGUGUAUGGCUACCGAGGCAAAGACUGUAGGUCAAACUUGUUCCUUUUACCAACAGGUGAAAUAGUUUACUUUGUAGCAGCAGUAGCAAUUUUAUAUAAUGUUGAAGAACAAAGCCAGCGACAUUACUUGGGUCAUACAGAUGAUAUAAAGUGCCUAACCAUCCAUCCAAAUAAGAUGUUAAUUGCCACCGGUCAGACUGCAGGUCAUGAUGCCAGAGAAGGAAGGCCUCAUGUCAGGAUUUGGAACUCUGUUAGUCUUGUCACCGUCUCCGUGAUUGGCAUAGGCGAGUUCGACCGAUCUAUCUGUUGCCUCUCCUUUUCAAAAUCGGAUGGUGGAACUCUUCUUUGUGCUGUAGAUGAAGCAAAUGAUCACAAUAUUUCUGUUUGGGAAUGGCAGAGAGGAGAUAAAGGACACAAAGUCACUGAGACGAAAUGCUCAGUAGAUACAGUUAUUGCGUGUGAAUUCCAUCCAAUCGACAGAAAUGUAAUAGUUACCUGCGGAAAAUCGCACAUCAACUUUUGGACAUUGGAUGCUGGUGGCACUUUGUAUAAGAGGCAGGGCAUUUUUGAGGGUAACCGUGACAGGCCGAAGUAUGUGACAUGUCUUGCAUUCACCCAAACUGGAGAAACUUUGUCUGGUGAUUCCAACGGAAAUGUUGUUGUUUGGCAAAGAGGAUCCAACACAAUUGCUAAAAUUGUCAGAAAUGUACAUGAAGGAUCUAUCUUUACCAUUUGUGUGUCAAAAGAAGGCAGUAUUAUUACUGGAGGUGGGAAAGAUGGUCGAUUAUUCCAAUUCGAUUCAAAUCUACAACCAACUGGAUAUGAAGCACGGAUUGCAGAACAUUUGGGCGGUAUCAGAACUGUUUCAGAAGGUCGCGGCUCACAACUGCUCGUUGGCUCUACCCGAAAUUGUAUCCUUAUCGGCUCGCUCAGCACCGGAUUCAGUCCUGCUGUCCUAGGGCACACAGAUGAACUAUGGGCACUAUGCGCUCACCCCACAACUGCUCAAUUUUUAACUGCUGGCUUUGAUAAAAUAGUUCAGCUUUGGGAUUCCCUAUCGCACACCGUUGUCUGGAGUAAAGAUAUAGCUGAACAAGCUCAGUCAGCCUGUUUUUCACCCGAUGGCAGCAUCUUGAUUAUCGGCUGUGUCUCUGGGCGAUGGAUCGUAAUGGACUCAGAAACAAGGGAACCGUACUUUGUUCAUAAUGACGGAGUUGAACCUAUUCAGGUCAUUAAAUUUUCUCCAGAUGGCAAAUGUUUAGCUUUAGGAUCUAGAGAUAAUUUUGUCUACGUCUUUCAAGUUAGUGGAGACUAUCGAAAGUACAGCCGUGUUGGUCGUUGCGCAGGUCACUCAAGUUUCAUCACUCACCUCGAUUGGUCAGGAGAUAGUCAAUAUAUCCGAAGCAACUCUGGGGAUUACGAAAUACUUUUCUGGAAUGCCUCAACAUGCAGACAAAUACCUCAAACAUCACAGAUGAGGGAUGUUGUCUGGGCUAGUAAUUCAUGCGUUCUAUCUUUUCCGACCAUUGGAAUUUGGCCAGAUGACGCAGAUGGCACUGAUGUCAACGCAUGUGAACGCUCUCACAGUGCACGCCUUCUUGCCACAGCUGACGAUUUUGGCAAAGUCAAACUGUAUGCCUACCCUUGUUCUCAGCCCAAAUCUUUGUGCCACACUUACAGUGCUCAUAGCAGUCACGUGACAAAUGUUGCAUUCCUCCAUGAUGAUACACGACUGAUUUCAACCGGUGGUAAAGACAUGAGCGUGAUGCAGUGGCAAGUUGUGUAAACUGAAGCAAAAAAUCAAAAUCUGACGGACGUAUAGGUCCUCAAUUGUUAUUGUUUACUAGUUAAUUACUUUUUGUUAUUUACGUAUGUUUUCCAGUCUCAACUAUGGCCUAUUCUCACUUUCAAUUGAUCUGAGCACACAUGUUUGGUUCUCAAGCUCUAUUCAGGUUAAUCUCAGUGCUUCGUAUUUGCAUAUGUAUAUUGAGUAUACUUGCAAGGUAUUUUCUUAUUAUACUCUUAAUUUUAUUGUCUCAAUUUUCUUCUGUUUGAGUAUCUAAACAAAUUUUAAGACAAACAACACCUCUAGGCUAGCCUAAUAUUUAAUUCAAAUUAUUUAAUUUUAGUACUUCUUGGUCGUUAAAGACACACAUUGGAUUCUCAUUCCUCUUUCGUUUUUGAACCUUUAACCUAUUUUGCAAUGAGAUCAGAAGGCUGAUUAUUGAAAUUGAUAGAUAAAGCGAUAGACAAAAAAGAUGACAGGAAAAUAGAAGGAUCCUAUUUGUUUAAAGGGGUGGUUAUUAUAGACUAAGAGAGUAAACAAUGUACUAUGUACAUCGUAAUGUACAAUGUAACUAUGGGGUCUCUCAUGUGUUGCCAUUAGUUAGUCCAUUACUUACCUCCUUAGUGCAUUGUAAUCACCUGCUUCCACCAAUAGGAUCACUCUCUUUUCUCUCCGUCUUCUUAGUCUAUUCUUUUGUCUAUUAAUUUCCUUAACAGCUCGCAAUAGUAUAAAUAAUACAUAUUGAUCAUUUCUAUAGAUUUCUUCAGUCAUUCACAAAUUUAAUUGUUCUUUCAUUUCGUAUUUUUUUUUAAACUACAUUUAAAUCCAAGUAUAAAACUGCUUUUAAUUAUAAAUUCCCUUCCACAUGUAGUUAAUACUGUUAUUUUUUUGAAAGAUGAAAACUUGUCUAUGUUUUCAAGGUUUUAAAAAACAACCUCAGAAGAAGGCUGAGGUUGAGACACUUGAGGAUAGUCUCAAUUCUUGAGCUACUAUUUUAUCCAUAUUUUUAACUGAAUGAAUAAUUCUUCCCGUCUUGCAUAUUUAGAUGCAUAAAAUUUCACACUCAGUAUUACAUUCUUGUAUUAUGUUCAGUGUAGUCUAAUCUCUCUUUGAGGCAUUUUUUAUUUUUAAUGAAAGUCUUGUAGGUGUACAUUUUUAAAUAAUUUUGUACUUUGGAUGUACAUUUCGUAGUUCUCUAAGAUUAUUUAUUUUAAAUGUUAUUUAUUCAAUAUUUUUCACAAUAAAUUCUGAGCUGUAUUAAAAUUUCCA